AUGGCUGAACCUACUCCUGUCACCCUUGAACCUGCCUGUGUAGUCACUGACGGAACAAGUCUCUACGCUCUUGCCAUCGGAACAUCCCGCACAACGCCUCCCUCCUCCCCCAAUGACGCUCACUACGUCCUCGUAAAGUCCAACCCAAAUCCAUCUCCAGAUCUCUCUGACAUCUCCUGGACACCUGUGAGCGUGAUCCGGAACGAGGGUCUCAAUGAUAUCGAGACUCCAGACGCUAACCCCGCUCGGGCCUGCCAUAUCGACGAAACAUCAAAGGUCUUUACAGUUUUAUCCAGCAGGUCCAGAACAGAAAAAACCUGGAGGACCUAUGAUGUCGCCCGUGGGAUCCAAUACCGGCCAAGCGCUAAUGGAGGGCCAGGCAGCUGGGUAAACGUCACAGUUUCUCCAGUCUCUCCUGAUUUCGAAUGGGGUGAUUUGUCCACAGAGCUUUAUAAGCCUAAAGGCAGUGAGAACCUUUUGUUUGCAUCUGCAGAUCCCCAUGCUGGCAAAAUCUGGAUCGCAUCCAUGGAUCCUUCCACCUUGAUAAUGAAGCAGAACCCAACCCCAUGA